UACAAAGAAUAACUUAAUUCCACACCAUCUAAUCCGAAAUCAUCCUAAUUAGAACAGCAAAUUAAGAUGAGUCGUCGCCUACUAUGGUCUCUGGCCGCCAUUCUCUUACUGGUUUCAAGGUCAGCCAUGUGUGCACCUUCAUGCGCAGAGAUUCGUAAAAAUUUGGCGCCGUGCGUUAGUUACCUGCAAGGUAGUGAGCCAUCCCGGGACUGCUGUGCAGGCUUUAAGGAAGUGAUUGGCGAAGCGAAAACCCAAGAUGAUCGGGAAACCAUUUGUACCUGUGGAAAGGCAGCCCUGUCUAAUUUUAAAUACGAUCCUAAUCGGAUCCCUCCUCUUCCCCAAAAAUGUGGACUCACUCGUAUUGUUCUGCCUCCAAUAGACAGUAACACUGACUGUACCAAGAUUACUCACAGCUAGAAUCCCAACCGUCACAGUAUGUCUAGAAGAAUUACUUAGUAUGAUAUGAAACAUCUUUAUAUAUCUGUAUGACAAUAAUAAUAAUCCAGUCUCUUCUUUUAAUAUUUAGAAGAAGUACUACUACAAAAUAAAAUGAUAUACUGUGAUGUACAUUG